AUGGCCAACUCAAAGUACGAGUAUGUUAAGUCCUUCGAGCAGCCCGAUGUGCUCCUACCAAACACCUGGAUCGUGGUGCGAAUCGAUGGGAGGGGCUUUCACAAGUUCUCCAAUAAGUAUGGCUUCGAAAAGCCAAACGACCGUCGAGCAAUCGAUCUCAUGAAUGCGGCUGCUAAGGCUGUUAUGACCGAGUUGCCAGACAUAGUAAUUGCCUAUGGCAUCAGCGACGAGUACAGCUUCGUUUUUCACAAAUCAUGCACUCUGUUCGACAGGCGGUCAAGCAAGCUUGUGACGACCAUAGUUUCGACCUUCACGGCGUACUAUGUUCAUCUCUGGUCUCAGUUCUUUCCCGGUGUACCGCUAUCACCCCCGCUCCCGAGUUUUGAUGGGAGAGCAGUUCAGUAUCCUAGUGUGCAGAAUUUGAGAGACUACAUGAGUUGGAGGCAGGUCGACUGCCACAUUAAUAAUCUCUAUAAUACGACCUUCUGGGCACUGAUACAGAUUGGUGGUAUGGAUGCAAAGAGUGCUGAAAAGGAGCUCGCAGGUUCGCUGUCAGCGGACAAGAAUGAGAUAUUGUUCUCUAGGUUCAAGAUCAAUUAUAACAACGAGCCGGAAAUUUAUAAGAAAGGGAGCGUUAUCUUCAGGGAUUACGAGCUAGUGGAGCCUGGAACAGCUGGUGAGGCUAUCGAAGACGAUGGGGCAAAGACUACGGAGCAGAUAAAACUCUCGAAAACUCAAGAAGAAAAUGAUAAAAAAAGGAGAGCCAAAGCACGGAUCACGGUACAGCACCUGGAUGUCAUCAAGGAUGAGUUUUGGGAGAGGAGACCGUGGCUACUGUCAAAUAGGCCUGGAAAGAUACCCAAGGAGCCAUGA